UCAUGGGAGUAUACAGUGAAGUUGAAAAUCAGGCCAGCCAUGAUAGGGGUGUAAAUGAAACAUCUGAAGAUGUGACUACUGUCACUGCCCCCCUGCCUCAAAUGUUUUCAAAUGGCACAACUGCUACACCCACACAUCUCGCAAACACAAGCCAGAUCAACAUGACAUCUUACAACUCAACGACAACCCCUUUUAUUGCCGAAGAUAGCACCAGCUUUCCAGAUUUCUACAAUCACACUGAUUUACCGUCAACACCCUUGACUCAAGAGAGCAAUGAUACGCAAGUAUCCACAACAAUUCAAGGGCUAACAGACAGCACGACGACACCAGAGAUAAAGGAAUCAUCCACUGUGUCUUCAGCUACAACACUGUUCCCCUCUGAGACCACAGAAACAACCCCUGUGACUUUGACUACCACUUUUGCCGAUAUAGAUGAGGAGGCCAACUUGACAAACAGAGAUCUGGCCUCAGGGAGCGAUUCAGAAAGAGAUCUGCCAUCAGAACCACACAAGAACAAGAGGGUCGUAGCCUGGGGGGUUAUUCUGGGAACGAUGGUGGUUGUGGCCUGUGUGGGACUGGUGGCCUACGUCAUCCUGAAAAAGAGACACCAAAAGUUGUUCUCCCACAGGAAACUGGUUGAGGAGUAUCCUUCAGACCCAGUUCUCAGAUUAGACAACAGUGAACCUCUGGACUUGAAGUUUGGUGGUUUGGACUAUUACAACCCAGGACUCCAAGGGGACAACAUCCAAAUGAGGAACUUCCCACAACACCGCUGAAACUGUAAAGACUGGCAAGACCGAAGUCAUGAACUCCCUUGAAAGAACACCUGCCAAUUAUGCUUACUGGCCUGAUGUCAAUCUUGU